CUUUAAUUUUUUGCAAGUUUUGACAGUGGCGUCCAACGAGUCUAAUCCUAACGCCGCCACAGGCAGUGGCACGGGUGAAACGGCCGCUUUAUUUUCGAAAUUCAAAAGUUUUUCUAUCGGCAGUGGUCCCAAUUCACCACAACGAGUUGUCUCAAAUCUACGCGGUUUUAUAACAAAUCGUCUAAGUAAUAUAUCCACAAACGAUACAGGUUGUGGCCUGUAUUAAAUGAAAACUGAUUUACACCAGCCAAGAGCUAAACAGCAGAACAACAACAACAACAAAACCAAAACUCUCAACACAAAAUGUGCCUGAAACCUAAAUAAAAGUUAAAAAAAAACAAACCAACAAACGAGUUAUACAACAAACAUGAAUCAUCUUGAGGAUAAAUUAGAAAACUUAAGAAAAGGAUAGUACAGUUACAGUUAAAAAUAUAGUCCUAGCAAGCAGAGCGGCAAGAAGAGAAAAAGAAGAACUACAAACAGUUCAGACGACAACAAAGUACAAAAGAAACGUAAUUCAACAAGAAAACUUAUAAAACAAACGAUUUAGCCGUUAAGUUUAACAAGAUACAAAAUUUAAUUUCCCCCUCCCCUCUACGUAAAUUCUUUUUUUUUCUAAUUUUAACUUUUAAAGAAAUAAAAAGAAAAGGAUAUCAACAUGUCGUCGUUUACCAUACCCGUUAUCAAUUUAGAGGUACGUGAGGUUAAGGAUAUAGUAUGGGAGAAAAUUCAGGAGCCUGUCAACCAAAGACGUUUAGUCUUGGUUAUAGUUUCUAUAGCCCUACUGUUGGACAACAUGUUGUAUAUGGUGAUAGUGCCAAUUAUACCCGACUAUUUGCGAGAAAUUGGAGGUUUCGAAGCACCCGAUGCCACUAUGGCACCUCUGCUUAGAGAUAAUGUGACGGGUAAGAUAAUACCUGUUCAUCAUGACCAUCAUGGUCAAGAUUCGGCUACCGGUAUAUUGUUUGCCUCAAAAGCCAUUGUUCAAUUAAUGGUGAAUCCAUUUUCGGGCGGUCUGAUCGAUAAGAUCGGCUACGAUAUACCCAUGAUGAUUGGCCUAACAAUUAUGUUCUUUUCCACGGCGGUAUUUGCCUGUGGUAGUAGCUAUAGUGUGCUUUUCUUUGCCCGAUCUUUGCAAGGUGCUGGUUCAGCAUUCGCCGAUACUUCGGGUUUGGCCAUGAUAGCCGAUCGUUUUACGGAGGAAAAUGAACGUUCUCAAGCUUUGGGCAUUGCCUUGGCCUUUAUCAGUUUCGGUUGUCUAGUAGCUCCGCCUUUCGGCGGUGCUCUUUAUCAAUUUGCGGGCAAAGAAGUGCCAUUUUUGAUAUUGGCCUUGGUGUGCCUCAUCGAUGGUCUUAUGCUGCUGUUAGUUAUGAAACCAUUCAAGGAGCAACUGCAGCAAAGUAGAGAAGUCAAACAAGAGAUUAUACCCAUUUGGCGUUUGCUUAUGGAUCCUUAUAUAGCUGUGUGCGCCGGCGCCUUAACUAUGUCAAAUGUGGCUUUAGCUUUUCUAGAACCAACUAUAUCCCUGUGGAUGGAAGACAAUCUGACCACAGAUAAUUGGAAAAUUGGUAUGGUAUGGCUACCGGCUUUCUUCCCUCACGUCUUGGGUGUGGUGAUUACGGUCAAAAUGGCUAAAAAGUAUCCCCAGCAUCAGUGGCUAAUGGCAGCUGGAGGUUUAGCGUUGGAAGGUCUCUCCUGUUUCAUUAUACCAUUCUCGACCUCCUACCAAAUGUUAAUGAUUCCUAUAUGCAUUAUAUGUUUCGGCAUUGCCUUGAUAGAUACUGCCCUCUUGCCUACACUCGGGUACUUGGUGGACGUGCGUUAUGUAUCCGUGUACGGCAGUAUAUACGCCAUCGCUGAUAUCUCCUAUUCAAUAGCCUAUGCAGUGGGACCCAUUAUAGCGGGUGGAGUAGUAGAAGCCAUUGGCUUUACUGCUCUCAAUUUCCUUAUAGCGUUUUCAAACCUUCUGUAUGUUCCGCUACUAAGGAAAUUGCGCAAUAUCUACGACUUUAAGCCAUUUGAAAACGAGGCCAAUAUCCUUAUGCAAGAUCCCCCCAAUAAGGAAUAUCAAACCUACGUUAUGCACGAUCAAAAGCCUAUCGAUGGCGAAUUCAAAAAUCACCUCGAAUACGGCCAGCAAUAUCAACAGGAUCAGCAAGAAACAAAUCUAGACGAUCAAACCUCCAGCUCUUAUGAUUAUCAAGCGCAGCAGGGCUAUCAACAGGAUGCCCAAUACGAACAGCAGCAUCAGCAAUAUCAACCGGGCUACCAGGAGCAAGGCGGUGGUGGCAUGUAUCAACAGCAGCCCUCAGAAACACGACAUCUUCCUCAGCAGCGUAUAGCGAAUCCCUUUCAACAGCAACAACAGCAAUCGGAUGCCGCCAGAUCAUCUGCAACAGGUCCUGCUGGUCCAGCAAAUCCAUUUAGACAAGGAUUUUAAACUGUUGUCUUAUACAAAAUUAGUGGUAAUUUAUGUUUGUUUUUAUAUUUUUGAUCGUUUAGUCUAUAAGUUUCGUUAAGUUUACUACUUUUGAUGUUUAACAAUUUAUUUUUGAGAAUAAGUAUCUAAUUUAUUUCCUUUAGUUUCUGUAGUAAAUUAAAAAAAAUUAAAGUGGUUCUAUUACACUAUAACCCUAGUUAUCUUGAAAUUAUAUAUAUAUAAAAAAUAUAUUCCAAAAACAAAAACUAUAAAAAAAUUUCUCAUGUGUAGUUAAGCAAGAAAUUUAUGAAAUUUUUUCAAAGAAAAAUUCUAUUUAACACACACACACACUUUUUAUAAAAAAAAUUAUAUAUCUGUAUUAUACACGGAAUUUUGUUUUUUAUAUAAUAUACAAAUUAAUUAAUUAAAAAAGUAAUGUAUUUUAUCAUAUUAAGUAUAAAUUAAUAUUAAAUAUAUAGGAAAACUAAAUAUCACAUCAUAAUCAUUUAUAAACCGAACGUAAAUACUUAAAUGCAAAAAUUAGAUGCAAAUGAAGGAGUAGAAAAACAUUAAAUAUCAUUAAUGUAUAUCAAUGGAAAGCUUAUGUGGCACACAUUAUUUUAAGUAUAAACAUAUAUAAUGAUUAGGAAAACUUAUAUUCAUAGAUUAUCCUAGAAAAAACAAACUAAUUAAACAAAUUAGAAUAUUUUAAAGUUUUUUUUUUAUAUAAUUUAAAAUAUAAUUAGUUACGGUUCAAUUAUCAGAGACUUCUUAAAGGGCGGAUUUUACCAUAUAUUAUUAAGCAUUAUUUAUACAUAGUUAUUAAAAGCUCAUAUGAUCUCAAGAGCUUUCAAAAUUUCAAAAGUUUAUAUCAGCUAUAACUAGUAUUACAUAAUGAGAUCAGCAAGUUCUAAAAAGUUUCAGACAUAAUUAAACAUUAAAGCUUUUUGACACCCCCUUAAAGAUUCUUCUGAUAAUUAUAUCUGCCCGUGAAUAAAAUUCUAGCCAUAUUAACUAUUAUAUGUUAAAAAAAAACUACAAAAAAGUUAUAAUUUUUUAUAUUAUAAUUAUUUUAUAAUUAUUAUUAACAAAUUGUGUAUAUUUUCAAAAUGGAAUCAGUAACAGAAUCUCCAAUUUAUAAUGAAAUCAUAACAAAAAAUGAAGACAAGCUAAAUAACCAAAGAAUAUUAGAAUUAUAAGACCAAAAUAUAUCAUAACAUAUCAGUUAUAGUUUGUAAGUAUUAACGAUUAAGCUAAAACGAUGAUCAAUCGAAUCUUUAGGAAUUUAUCUCAAAAUAAAAACUUCAACAUCCAUAUCGUAAACAUAUCAAAUAAAGCACAAACACAAAUUUUACAACAUUCGGAUGUUGAAGUUUUUACAAAUAUCUAAUCAAGAUGAUGCAGAUAUAAACGAAUAAAGAUUGUAAAAAGACAAAUUUUAGAAUAGAAAAUUUUGAGUUGAAAUUACAAUUAUAUUUUUAAGUUGACUGCAUGGGAGAAGAGUUGCAGGUUUAGCUGAAUAAGUUACGGAAACCAGCAUUGAAAACUGCUUUAAAACUCUCAGAUCGGUUUUGAUAUACCCAUAAGGAUUUUUCUAACGGCAUUAUUUACAUGAUUUUUUAGCUGUUGUGUGCUUUUCUAAAGCAAUAUUAGCGUGGUAUAAGUUGAGCUUUUGACUAUAUCACCGACCACUUUAUGGAGAGAAAAUGUAAACUUUUGUUUCUAGCUACUAAAAGUUUUUAGAGGCUAAGUUACUAGAAAGCUUUUCAAAACAGGAAAACAAGUUUUUAAAUCCAAGUAAAGAUGUUUUUUAUACGAUUGAAAAAGCUUUUAUCACUUAAAUGCCAAUUAAACAUUUAUAGCUUUUAAUGAGAAAUAAUUUACUUUUAUUUUUAAAGCUUUAAGCUAAGUUACUACAAAGCUAUUUAAAAUAGGGAAACACGUUUUUAAAUCCAUGUAAAGAUGUUUUCUAAACGAUUGAAAAGCUUUUAACAUCAAAAUCACAAAUAAAAGUUAAAAGCUCUAAAUGAGAAAUAAUUUUAUUUUAUUUGAAAAGCUGUGUUUAAGAUAUUAAUCAAAUUAGAUAUUUAAAAUAAAGUUUAUUAAGAAAAGCUUUACAAACCAUUCACUACUUAUUAAAAACCUUUUUGGACAUAAUUUAUUUUUAGAUUUGGAGAAACUUAUAUUAUAUACAAUUUAAUUGUGAAGCUUUCUCUAGACUCAAAAGUUUCAUUCUUUUUUUUUUGAAAAGCUUUAAAUCAUAAAUCGUUACAAAAUUCUAUUAAAAUUUAUAAAAAAAAAACUUUUGAAAGCUUUGCAACAAAUUUUAUUUAAAUUAUUUGGUUUUAGAAAGCUUUGUGUUGAUUUAUAAAAGUCUCCGCUUUACAAGAGAUUAUAAAGGUGUUUUUAAAAGUUCAAUAAUUUCGAAAGCUUAUAUAAAAACUGCACAAUUUCGGUAGUUAAUAAUGAAAGCUUUUUGUUUUUUUAAAGUUUACAAAAAAGCUUUUUGAUUUUAAAAGCUUAGAAAAGCAUUUUGAUUUUAAAAGCUUUUUAAUAUUAAAAAAGCUAUUUAUAUAUACA